UAUACACAGACUAUGGGAGCUUCAGAGCUGAGAGCACUUCAGACAGUCUAUCUGCACUCUGGUGCUCUCAAAACAUUAAGUGCAAUAUUGAGUUGUAGCAGAUAUUCAGAAAUGCUCCUUGUGCCAAAAUUAGACUUGUCCAAGGAUAUGAAAGACCAAGAUGAUGCCCAGCCCUCCACCAGCCAGGAACCUGGGUUCAGCAUGAAGGACACUCUGAGGAAUAUCAUGAGGCAAUUGGUGAAGUUGGCAGUGAGUCCCUCACCAAUCAAACGUGUGGUGAGCUUGGCAGAGCUGGAAAGGGCACACGUCAUGUUAUUCAAAAUGGCUGUCACUGAGGCUUCUAAAGAAGGGACUGCUUUCAAGGCUAAAGAAGAACAGUUAACAGCUUUGAGGAAGGAGCACAAUAAAAAGAACACAGUACAACAGAACACUGAAAACUCCAUGAGCAGCCACAGAGGCAGUGGUCCGAACUUCCAGAACAGACCCUCCCACUUGGAGAUGUGUGAAGACAUGCGACCACGAGACAUUGGGAGACACCACAUGCGCGAGGCACUGUUGCAGAGGCUGUUACCACCUAUGGCACGCAGAGGACAAUCACGCAGAAUGGACAUGCCCAGAAGACUGCCUCCUUCCUCCAUAUUUCAACGUAUUGAGAGGUCACGCAGGUCCAUGUUUCCGCCAUUAGACUCCCCAGAGGACAGUUCUCUGUCCCCAUCAGCACGCAGAAAUGGAGGACGAAAAUUUAUACCCCAGCCAACACGGGCCAGGUCUCCAUCCCCACCACCCCCUCCUAUAGCAGCCCCUCUUCUGGAGAUGGGCUUCAAUGUUAAGCAGAUCCAGAAAGCCCUGGCUGCAACAGGCAGCAGUGGGGAGAUGACAGCCCAUGGUGUUAACAUGCUGGCCACUUGGAUGCUGGAACACCCCAUGGAGACUGGAGAGGCUGAGGCUUCUGAGGAGAAUAGAAGCAGACCUUCCAGGCCAGAGGGCACUACUGAGGCAGCCAGUAGGCCUCAGUCAGGGAGCAAUCCUGGAGAUAGAGAUAGAGAUAGAGAUAGAGACAGAGACAGGGAAAGAAUGGAAAAUUCAGAAAGUGGAGCCAGAUCUUCUGGCUUUUUUGAGUUCAUUGACAGAGAAGAGCGAGAGGGUACGCUGGCACCACGGCCACCUUCCCGUCUCCGCCAUCCCGCAGGGGAAAGAUCUCUUUCAGAUAUCAGAAGUUUUCUUACCAGUAGAGCAAGUCUUCUGUCCCGUGAGUUUCGAGAGUUGGGUCGCUUGGGAGAUGAUGAGAGGGACCGUGAGAUGGAGAUGGAGAGGCGAGCUGAGAGGGAAGAAAGGGAGAGCCACCCUCUGUAUGACGACCUGAUAGACCUGGAGGAUGUGAUCAGUGAUGAUGAUAUGAUGGAGGAUUUGUUUGGCAUGGAUGCUGAAGACAGAGAGAUGCUCAGUUUACUGGAUCGCACAGAUUUUGAGGAACCAGAGGUCACCAUGUGCGAGUUGUGUGGUAACAAAGUGACUUACUUUAACAAACACAUGAAGACCACUCAUCCAGGUUGUGGAGGUUCCUGUGGAAACCAGGGCUAUCGCAGUAAUGGAGUGUAUGUGGAUGGCUGGUUUGGUGGCACCUGCGGAUCUGGGAACCCAUACUAUCUCAUGUGUUGCAGCUGUAGAGACAAGUACCUGUCUCAGCUAGAUGGCAGUACCCCAACAGGCCCCAAGGGAUCUGGUGUACCCAGGACCAGAGGAAUGGUGGUGGCACCUGAUCUAGUAGGUCCAGAUUCUGUACAGGAAGAUGAUCUUGACUUAAUCCCUGAUGACACGGACCAUGCCACAGCAGGCACAGAGAGCUUUGAGUCCAUCAUGGGCUCCCUUGGUCUAACUGAGAGGAAGCCUAUACCAGAGUGUGUGUCUCUCAGUGAGCCAGACCCCCUGGGGAUCAAUGCUCUCGCACAGGAGGAGGCAGACAGCAUUGUGGCCUCUAUCAACACAAGAUUGGAGAAGAAUGACUUCAUCAAAAGAAAAAGCCUGGGUGAGCAGGCAGUGUUGCUGACAGAGAAGGCAGACAGGAUCACAGCACUGUACAGAACUACUAAGGCAGCACAGGUCCUGUUAGCAAGAACUAUGGUGAUGAGGGCACUUUCACUGGUCUCUGUUAGUGACACAGCCUGCAGUUUAUCAGCAGGUCUUGAGGCCAUGGGUCUGGCAGACAUCCGCCUGGUGGUGCGACUGAUGUGUCUGUGUGCCGCGGGGAGAGUGGAGCUAGUGAGCACUCCGCUGAAGGAGACAGUGAUUUCUUCCGGAGGGGAAGGCUACAGCUCCAUAUCCCGUGCCGCUGUCAGUUCCACCAGUCCUGCUGCCAGCCUGGGGUACCUGAGUGGUGCCAUUGGUGCCUUGGUACAGGACCACCCCCAGUCUUCAUCGUUGCUGGUACAGCUCUGUAAUAAGGAAUUAAUGUCAGCAGCAAUGGGCAUGAACCUGGGGACCAUUCCAGACCCCAGGUCUGUGAGAAAGCUACCUAUCCACUUGAGACCAGAGAAUCUGCCAGAAAGCAGGGUCCUGACUUCUCCCAGCUUUGCUGUGGUGCAGGCUUUGGUAGCUUUGCUGGCCAAAUGUGAUGCCACCACUGCCUCUAUGAGCCCAAGUUCUUCAGAUGAUUCCUUGAAAGAUUUCUCUGCCAGUGGAGGUGCUGUGCCCAAAACUCCAACCCCACCACUGAUGCCAUCAUUACGACCCCUCCAUCUGACCAAUGCCCUUGCAGCAUGUGUGCUUUCUGCGAGACUGCCCUCCCAGCAUCGCCAGUGGGCAGCCCAGCAGUUGGUCCACACACUGGCUGCCCAGAACAGGGCCAUGUGUGCUGUGAACAUGGUGGAUUUACAUGGAGAUAUGCCAGCAUGCUCCACAUCUAGGCUUGAGGCACACCAGAAUAGGGUGACCAACUGUACAUGGAAUGCUAAGAAAGGACUGCUGGCAACAAGUGGUUAUGAUGGCACAGUUCGCCUGUGGAGUCUACCGAACAAGACCCACCAUGUCCUGCAGCAGACGUUCAUCUUCAGUAAAGGAGAGUCUGUGUCUGGAGAAGAGCUAGAUGGACAGUUACUGGACAAGGUCUGUUGGAGCUCCUCUGGACGUUUGUUAGCUGGGGCCAUGGAGAAUGUGGUCAAUAUUUGGGCAACAGGAGUUCAGGCCAGCAGGCAAGGAGGUAUUGCUCAAGUGGACAUCCAACCUCACUGGGUGACUGCCCUGACGUGGCCAGAGAACCGUGGCCUUGGGGAGGGCUGUAUGGGUCUCAGUACAGACACUCUACUGGUGGGAAGACUGGACGGGUCAGUGGCGGUCAUUGAUAUUAUGGACACUUCUACUUUAUCCAGGAGGGAGUUGGUGCAUGCAUCUAGGAAAGAUGUAUCUGUGACAGCUCUGGCUUGGCAUGAUGAGAAUAAGAAGUUUGCUGUAGCUUUCUCUGAUGGUGCUAUCUAUAUGAGCAACAGAGAUGACUAUGAACAACCUUAUACCAUUGAGGCACAUGAGCACCCCAUCUCAUGUAUCCAGUGGGACCCCACGGGGCGUAUCCUGGCUAGCUGUGCCACAGAGGAGAACCUCAGGGUGUGGACAUACAUGUCUGAGGUGUGGGUGUGUGUCCACACCCUUCCACACACUGCGGGGGUCACUGUGCUCGAGUGGUGCCCUCUGCUGGGGAGAGGGGAAGAACCCAGGCUGAUGUUAGCAAGUGGCUGCACCAAUGGAGAAGUGUCUGUGUGGACACUGCCUCAGCCUGGAGCCACAGCCAUAUUGCCUGAGAAGAUCCAACCUGCUGCUGACACUGUGCAGCACCAAAACAACACUGGAAGGAUAGAGAGGAGGGACCAAAACAACACAGGCAGGAUGGAAAGGAGCGACCAAAACAACACAGGCAGGAUGGAGAGGAGGGGCAGCAGUAAGUUCAACUUAACCUCAGAUGAGCCAGGGUCUCAGUUAAUCUUCUCUCUCAAGGGGCAUGGCUCCCCUGUCUCCUCCCUGGCUUUCAGCCCCAAUGCACAGACCCUGGCCACUGGCUGUGUCAAGGGAUGGAUGAACAUAUGGUCUCUGCAGGAUGGGUGCCUUCUUCAAACUCACACCAACUCUGGGAGUACACAGAGUAUAUGUUGGUUUGCUGAGCACAGUGUGGCUGCCUGCUUUAACAGAAAUAAGGAUGUGAUGAUACUCCAUUAUGGCUCUGACACUAUGAAGAAGUACAGGGUCCUGGGAGCAGCAAGAAAAGCUCUAAAGCUGCAAGGUUUUCUCAACUUUACACAAACACCAUGUGUACGGGGUUUACUUCAGAGACUGCCUCUCCUACUGCAAGAGCAAUAUAUGUAUGAAAAGCCCAAAGUGACCAGUGGUGAGCAGCUAGUCCACAGCAAGUACCUGCAGAGUUUGGCCGCACUGUCCGUUGGACUUCAGCUGGACAAAGUGUUGUGUCACAUGCCAUGUCCACCUCAUCACAUGGAUAAAGCUGAUGCCUCAAAGCCUAUGAUGGAGUGGCAAUGGUUACAUAGUUUUGCCACAGCGCUGAGAGCAGCCGAGGCCCUGUACAGCCGUACCCACAUGCCAGAGUCAUUUGGUGUACCAGAUACACAGGGGAGGACAGAGGAGGAGAAUGAAAAACCUGAGAACAAUGUGUGGGACCUCCAGAUGGACUGUCAGAUCAUGGCCUGGGCAAUCCAGCGGCCUGAGGACUGGCAGCUUGGUGGGAAGUGUGAGGCAUACCUCUGGGGCAGUGGCCGCCAUGGACAGCUAGCGGAGGCCGGCAGGGGGACUUUGACAGCUCAACAUACACCUUCAUUUUCUUGUGCUCAGCAGAUUGUAUGUGGUCAGAACUGCACGUUUGUAGUCCAGAGCAAUGGCAGUGUCAUGGCGUGUGGAGAGGGCAGCUAUGGCCGCUUGGGCCAGGGGAACUCGGAUGACCUCCACUCCCUGACUAUAGUCUCCUCACUUCAAGGCUUCGUGAUCACACAGCUCUCUUCAUCAGUGGGCUCAGAUGGCCACAGCAUGGCCCUCUCAGAGAGUGGGGAAGUUUUUAGCUGGGGAGAUGGAGACUAUGGGAAACUGGGACAUGGGAACACAGAUCGUCAGAGACGGCCUCGUCAAAUUGAUGCUCUUCAAGGAGAGGAGGUGGUGCAGGUGUCUUGUGGCUUCAAACACAGUGCUGUGGUAACAGCAGAAGGAGAGUUGUUCACAUUUGGUAAUGGAGACUAUGGACGUCUAGGACUGGGCACAACAGCAAAUAAAAAACUGCCUGAGAAAGUGACAGCUCUGAAAGGAUUUCAGAUUGGAUAUGUUGCCUGUGGACUGAACCACACACUAUGUUGCAGUGUGGAUGGAAACACAGUCUGGGCAUUUGGAGAUGGAGACUAUGGCAAACUGGGACUGGGAAACUCAGCACCCAAGUCCACACCCACCAAGAUUGAAGCCAUGAACGGCAUGGGUGUGAAGAAACUGGGAGCUGGUACCCAGUUCUCUGUGGCUCUUACCAAAGAUGGAAGAGUUUUCACCUGGGGACAAGACCGUCUAAUAGGACAGCCCGAGAACCGUUGCCGUAGUCACAACAAACCCCAACAGGUGCCCACCUUAGCGCCAUACUUUGUGGAUGACAUUGCAGUGGGGGCGGAGCAUACCCUGGCUCUGACCAGUAGGAGCGUGGUCUGGGGGUGGGGCAGUAAUGGUGAUGGACAGUUAGGCCUAGGGCACACCACAUCUGUCAGGGAGCCACAUUUGGCACCUUCUAUGAAUGGGAAGGGUGCUAAGCAGAUUGCAGCAGGGAGAACUCACAGUGCUGCAUGGACCACUCCCCAACCACAGUCCCGGUCCCCAGGGGCGCCACUCCCCCUUCAGCUGGGUAACCCAGGCUCCAUUCCCCCACAGUACACAGCCCUGCAAGAGAGCAGCAUUGAGGCCAUCAAGGGUAGACUAAGGGUGCUCCACCAUUUCUCUGAUCUCGUCUACUCUUCUUGGAGGCUCUUUUCUCUGUCACCAUCACAGGUUGGAACAAAUAGAUUUAUGUCAGGUCUGAAUGGUCUGCACCAAGGCAGCUUGCGGUCCAUCCUGGCUCCCCGCGUGUACACCCUGCCUAUGGUGAGAGCUAUAGGCAGGACCAUGGUCCAAGGCAAGAACUAUGGACCCCAGAUCACAGUGAAAAGAUUGUCUACAAGAGGAAAGAAGUGCAAACCUAUAUUUGUCCAGAUAGCUCGCCAGGUGGUGAAGCUGAAGCCAGACGACCUGCGUCUGCCAGCCCGUGCCUGGAAAGUGAAGCUGAUUGGAGAGGGAGCAGAUGAUGCAGGUGGGGUGUUUGAUGACACCAUCACAGAGAUGUGCCAGGAGCUUGAAAGUGGAGCUGUGCCUCUGUUGAUCCCAACCCCAAAUGCUGCCAAUGAUACUGGAUAUAACAAUGACAAGUUCCUCCUGAACCCCUCCCUGACCUCAGAGGAGUACCUGUCCAUGUUCAAGUUCCUGGGGAUACUGCUGGGGGUGGCCAUCAGGACCAAGAAACCUCUGGAUCUCCACCUGGCCCCCAUGGUGUGGAAGGCACUGGCAGGCAUGCCACUCACUGUGGAGGAUCUGGGAGAGGUGGACCUGUUAUGUGUACAGACACUUCAUGGGAUAAGGGACAUAGCAGAGUCUGGAGUUACAGAGGAGACCUUUCAUGAGGUAAUUCCCCUGUAUUGCUAUGAGGGCCAGAGUGCAGAUGGGAGGUUUGUCCCCAUUGUUCCUGGUGGCAGAAACAUUCCCCUCACCUUCAGCAACCGCCUGGAGUAUGUGGAGAGAGCAACCUACUUCAGGCUGCAUGAGAUGGACUUACAGAUUUCAGCAGUGAGAGAGGGGAUGUCUUGGAUUGUGCCAGUGCCUCUGUUGUCCUUGCUGACAUCACAGCAUCUAGAACAGUUGGUAUGUGGUAUGCCAGAAGUCUCUGUGGAUGUCCUCAAGAAGGUAGCCAGGUAUCGCGAGGUGGAUGAACACCAUCAUUUGAUCAAGUGGUUCUGGGAGAUCCUGGAGUCCUUUACCAAUGAGGAGAGGAUACUGUUCAUGCGGUUUGUGUCUGGUCGCUCUCGGCUCCCUGCCAACCCAGCUGAUAUCUCUCAGAGGUUCCAGGUUAUGAGGAUAGACAGGGGUCAGGACAGUCUUCCCACAGCCCAGACCUGCUUCUUCCAGCUGCGACUUCCACCAUACACCAACAAGGAGAUCAUGGCUGACAGGCUGAGAUACGCCAUCAAUAACUGUCGCUCCAUAGACAUGGACAAUUACAUGUUGACACGUAAUGCUGACACAGGGCAAGUGUCUGAUGAUGAGCAGUAACCGAAAAAUUUAUGUGAAGAACUUAUUUUGGUUGAAAACAAACCAUGACCAUUUUGCUGUUAAGACAUUCUACAGUUUCAUAGUUAACUUUUCCAGAUGUGCUAUAAUAUUGUGAAGUAAUGAAUUAACAUCAGUGUAGUGAUUUGUUUUUUAUAUUGUAGUCGUAUCUCAUUUAGAGAACAGGUGGAAAGUAUAAAAAGUCAUGCACUAAUAUAUAUUAUAUGAAAAAGAAUGCAGAGACAUAUCAUUUACAGCUAAUGUAAUUUUAGAAACUUAACAAUAAAUGAGGUACAUAUUUGUGAUAAGCUUUUCACUGAGUUGAAGUAUGUUUUCUUUUAAAGUUAUUUAGACUUUUUUUUUUGCAAUUUUUAAAAAUAAAAAGAAGAAAAGAAGUGGAAAUGUCUUGGAUGCAAUGUCCACUCAAAAUUUAUCACACCACUACAGAUUGGGAUUAUAAGAUAUGAAAAUUGGCAUAUGUAUAAUUACUAGAUACUUACGGACAUUUAUUGAUAUUGAGCUGUGAAAAAAGACAAUGUGUAAUUUCUCCUUUUUGAAAUUAUAUAUUUUUAUUACUGAAGUCAUUUAGUGUGCUUGAAUAGGAAACUUAUAUGGAAUAUUGUAUUGAAGCUCUUCAUUUUUGGAACACUAGUUGCCUUCUGUAAUGCUGUUUAUUUUUUAUGUUGACGUGUAUUAUAGUAUGCAGUAUGCAUGGAUCCUAGAGGUUUUUAUGUUCAGAUUUAGUGUUUUGCAGUGAAACAUUUAGAACCUUACUUAUGAUGUGUUGGGUGCUACAGGGUACAUACGAUUUACACUCGUCCUCUUUAAAUAUUAGAUUAUUUAGAUAUUUAUCUGAUUGGUAAUAAGAUUAACUGAUUUGAUUUGCUUUUAGUUCAAAGACAUUUUCUUCUCUUGUGAUUUUGACUAACUUGGAAGUCUGUAGCUCUAACCAGAUAUUCAGAGCACAUUGGCUAAAACAUUGAGGGAAAACAGAUGAGUUGUACCCGCGAUUUGCAGCAGUUUUGCUCUUUGGUUCCUGGUCGAGUGACUAGAACUCUUGUUAUGUAUUUGUAGUUUUUACUACACGCUUUUCAAAUGUAAGUAUAUUUGACUUGGGAGCAAGUCUGAAGAAUCGUUGUCUGUAAGAAAUAAAAAGAACAAACAUAAUUAGACA